UUGGUUGAGAGACAGUCACACAGGGGACAGGGUGGAUUGCGUGGCUGCAAGCUGGCUUUUGUUUCAGCCCUUAGGGGCUGGGGUUAAAGGCUUUGAAAUCGAGCCAGGGUAACUUUGGCGGCUCCUCUCUCCUGGUCAGAUCGCUUCCACUUUCAGUUGUGAAAGAAAAACCAGGAAGUGAGUCCCGAGCACGCUAGAAAGCCCGGCCAUGGCCUCACGCAGGACAGCUCAGAGCAGGGCAGACCUCAGGGCGCUCUGAGCCAGGCUGCCUGCCUGCAUGGACGCUCGGAAGCCACCCUGUCCCUGGAGGAACCAGGGGUGAGGAGAGAGGACAGGGACUCGUUCGUGUUCCAGGAGGAACUUGGAGCCAGGAAGCCCUGUUCGCUGGAAGCACCAAGACGAUCGGCCCCACACAGGGUCUGAAUUUCCUGCUGCUAUUCACGAAGAUGCUUUUUAUCUUUAAUUUCUUGUUUUCCCCACUGCCAACCCCGGCACUGAUCUGCCUCCUGACGUUCGGAGCUGCCAUCUUCCUGUGGCUGAUCAACAGACCCCAGCCAGUCUUACCUGUCAUUGACUUGGAUAAUCAGUCUGUGGGAAUCGAGGGAGGAGCACGGAAGUGUACUUACCAGAAGAACAAUGAGCUGAUGCACUAUUACUUCCCAGAUGCCAAGACAGUGUAUGAAAUUUUCCAAAGAGGACUUGCUGUGUCCGACAAUGGACCCUGCUUGGGAUACAGAAAACCAAACCAGCCCUACAGAUGGCUAUCCUACAAACAGGUAUCUGAUCGAGCAGAGUACCUGGGCUCCUGUCUCUUGCACAAAGGAUAUAAGCCAGCACCAGACCAAUUUGUUGGCAUCUUUGCUCAGAAUAGGCCAGAGUGGGUCAUCUCCGAAUUGGCUUGUUACACAUACUCCAUGGUGGCAGUCCCCCUGUAUGACACCUUGGGAGCAGAAGCCAUCAUAUAUAUUGUCAACAAGGCUGAUAUCCCCACAGUCAUCUGCGACACACCGGAAAAAGCCUCCAUCCUGAUAGCGAACGUCGAGCAGGGCCUGACUCCAGGCCUGAAGAUGAUCAUCCUCAUGGACCCCUUCAGUGACGAGCUGAAGCAGAGAGGAGAGAAGUGUGGAGUCGAGCUCCUAACCCUGUUUGAUGCCGAGAAUCUAGGCAAAGAGAACUUCAGAAAACCUGUGCCUCCCAGCCCAGAAGACCUGAGCAUCAUCUGUUUUACCAGUGGAACCACAGGUGACCCCAAAGGAGCUAUGAUAACCCAUCAAAACAUUGCUUCAAAUGCUGCUGCUUUUCUCAGAUGUCUGGAGCAUACUUUCCAGCCCACACCAGAGGAUGUGACCAUAUCCUAUCUGCCCUUGGCUCAUAUGUUUGAGAGGGUUGUACAGGCUGUCAUUUACACCUGCGGAUCCAGAGUUGGGUUCUUCCAAGGAGAUAUCCGGUUGCUGCCUGAUGACAUGAAGAUGCUAAGGCCCACAGUGUUUCCCACAGUGCCUCGACUCCUUAACAGGGUCUAUGAUAAGGUACAAAAUGAAGCAAAGACCCCCUUCAAGAAGUUCUUGCUGAACCUGGCUAUUUCCAGUAAAUUCAAUGAAGUCAAAAAUGGUAUCAUCAGGCGUGACAGUAUAUGGGACAAAUUAAUCUUUUCAAAGAUUCAGGACAACCUGGGCGGGAGGGUUCGUGUCCUGAUUACUGGAGCUGCCCCCAUCUCCUCUCCAGUCUUGACAUUCCUCCGGGCGGCCAUGGGAUGUCCGGUGUUUGAAGCUUAUGGCCAAACAGAAUGCACAGCUGGCUGCACAAUUACAUCACCUGGAGACUGGACAUCAGGUCACGUUGGUGUCCCUGUGGCUUGCAAUUAUGUGAAGCUGGAAGAUGUUCCAGACAUGAACUACUUCUCAGUGAACAAUGAAGGAGAGGUCUGCAUCAAGGGCACUAAUGUGUUCCAAGGAUACCUAAAGGACCCUGAGAAGACACAGGAAACCCUGGACAAGGAUGGCUGGCUUCACACUGGAGACAUUGGUCGUUGGCUUCCAAAUGGAACUCUGAAGAUCAUUGACCGGAAAAAGAACAUUUUCAAGCUGGCACAAGGAGAAUACAUUGCUCCAGAGAAGAUAGAAAACAUCUACAUCAGGAGUAGACCAGUGUUACAAAUUUUUGUACAUGGGGAGAGCUUACGGUCAUCCUUAGUAGGAGUGGUAGUUCCUGACCCAGAUGUGCUUCCCUCAUUUGCAGCCAAGCUUGGGGUUAAGGGAACUCUUGAAGAACUGUGCCAAAACCAAAUUUUAAAGGAAGCCAUUUUAGAAGAUUUGCAUAAAAAUGGGAAAGAAGGUGGACUCAAAUCCUUUGAACAGGUCAAAAACAUCUUUCUUCAUCCAGAGCCAUUUUCCAUUGAAAAUGGGCUCUUGACACCAACACUGAAAGCAAAACGAGGAGAGCUCUCCAAAUACUUUCGGACCCAAAUCGACAGCCUCUAUGAGAGUAUCAAGGAAUAGGUUAAGUUUGCUGCUGAGCUGGAAGCUGUGGGGGAAGGAGUUGAAAUGUAUGUCCAGUGAGCUUUUCCAGGAAAUGAAGCAAGCACUGAAAAAAAUCCUCCUGGCACUGGGAACAAAGCUCUGUGGGUGAAUGUGAUGCCCACACAACAGGCUUAUCUUCUGUGAAGGAACCAACUGAUCUUUCCCCCUGGACUUCAGUUCCUGCUGUACCUUACCCCAAGAUAGCACUUGUUGUCCCUACCUGUAAAUGUAAUCUUUAAAAUAAACUAUUGCAGAUACUUA